AAAAUAAUGUCCAUACAUUUAAGGAAUUUUGUAUUUCCUAAGGGAGCGAUACUCCGACCGAUACUCCUUGUGGUCGCACGCAGCUAAGGCGCCCCCUUGUGGUUUCCAUGAGUGAAGAAUAAAAAAUCGCUAGUUAAAAACUAAGUUUUGAGUUAAUCCAGUCAGUUCGGUCGGAAAUGCUGCACGCUUAGCUGGUAGAGAACUCCGGAAGAGGCAUAUCGAAACGUACUAGCUAACAUGGUAUCACCUAUAUUAUUGUUCAGGACGAUGUAUUGACGUCAGUUCUCUCGUCAGGGACUAUAACUUCGUGAUAAAGAUUUUUGUUUCAAGAAGUCAACGGUCUACAAUAUUUUUCUUAUCAUGACGCACACACUAAAACCGCAGUGUCAGUUUGAAUCUAGGCAUUUUUAAUAACCUAAGAAAUAUCUUAAAUACCGUCGAUCGUAAUAGAGUAAUUGGACAGGUGUGUAAAUGUGCGCAUAUAUUUGACCCGAUCUACAUCUUCUAUAUUUCACGGAGAUCGUCCUUUCUUUGGCGUCAGUUUAAAACACUUAUAUUUUGUAAUCAUGUGUGGCCGUUGUGGAGAAUUCAGUGUCAGAAACUUUGGAUGCAGAGGAGCAGUCUUGGAGGAUUUUACCGUUCCUAGGUGUCCAUGGCCAGGACAACCAGCCUCGUACGUCACUUACCGAGUGUUGAUAGCAGUAUACCAGUGUGCAUGGAACAUUCUUGUCCCCUUUAUGUGGAAUGAUAGACGUUUUUUCACCAACCAUACUGCAGAAACAGUUCGAUGGAAAUGGUUUAUCUACAUCUCUAAUUGGAGUUACUUGAUCCUGAGUUUCUAUUUCAUUAUGGCUGCUUUGUCGAAUUUUUAUCAUCACGUUAAAGUACACUGUAAAUGCUCAACUAAGGACACCAAAAAUGAUGAAAUGCUCUAUGCUGAUAGUGGACCUGAUAGUUUUCAGCUUUCACGGGAUUCCAUGAUAUUAAGCGAGAAGUGUGAUAGUAAUGUACCGGUAACCGAAGCGGAUAAUCACCCGCCACCGAAGAUGAUGAGGCAUAUUUCAACUGUGUCUGGUGAGAAACUGAUCAGCAAAAAUCGAAAGCAAUACUACGGUUUUCAGACCGCCUUGCCAUGGUAUUUCAAACUUACAUGGAUUCUGCAAAGCUGUGCGUUUUCCCUGGUCUUAAUCAUUACCGCUAUGUACUGGAUUAUCGAGUUUGAUAGCACUGUCUCCGAAGUAACUGUCUUCAAUGUUCAUGUUCACGGAGUGGCGCUAUUUCUCGUCGUUCUCGAUCUUUUUCUGACGGCCUCUCCCGUACGAUUUUUCCACUUUGUCUAUCCGUCAUUCGUCGUAAUCGCAUACAUCAUAUUCACAUACAUUUAUUAUCGAUUCGGUGGAACGAAUGAAUACGGGGAUUCGUAUCUCUAUAAAGAUUGGGUAGAUUGGAAGAAUAUAGAAACGAAGACCAGUAUCGUGGCGGUUUGUACAACAUUUGUGGCAGUGCCAGUUGCGCAUAUGCUUUUUUGUCUUCUGCAUUUGAUUCGGAAGCGAAUGUUCCGUUGCUAUGAGAAAAAGUACAUAUUGUAAUGAUGUUACCAUUUGUGGAAACAUUGUUAAUUUAUUAAUCUUACAUUGCAAUGUGUGUAAGACAUAAUAACAUAGUGUAGGCCUUAUAAAACAUGAUUCCUACAAUUUGUUCGUUAGACUCUAGGCAUAUAUAUAGUUUAAUAUUCAUGCCGAAAAGGAGGCGUAUGGAUAUUUAAAUGAACCAUUUCGGUUUAUGAUGUUGUAUAUAACUCGCUUGACAUAUUAUUUCAUUAAAACAAAUUAUAUUCGUUAAUUUUAUGAUGUCAUAGGCUAUGUGGUUGAAUAUUGGAGAGUGUUCAGAAUGCUUUAGUUCAGUGGACAUACUUUAUGUUUCCCUAUAUAAACGAGUGACAUUUGUUAAUUCCUGGUUUAAAGAAUGAAAGAAAAACACUCUAUACCCCUCCCUCCAAGUGAAAUCGAACACUGAGAGGGGGAAAGAGAGGGAGAUUCUAAAUUGUUUUAGGCCAUAGUUUUGAAAGCCUAAAACAUACGGUAGAUUCUAUUUAUUAUUUUCUACAUUUGUUUAUCCACUCUAUCAAAGUAUAUUUUUGAAAUCUCCUUUCAGGAGCCAAACAUUGUUGAUUCCCCUACUUUUCAACCCUCACCCCAUUAAAUUACAGCAGUUGAAAACCCCCUUACAGCUUAGGCCUAUUGGCAUUAUUUUCUUCGUCAUUUCCGUAAAAAGGUGUCAUGUUAGUUUUAAUAAAGUGUACACGUUGCAAGUCCCA